AUUAUUGCCAAAAUGGAAUGGACAAGUGUCAAGGUGUGAUUCCCUGUUUCUCUCCUCUUAGUCCUCUUAUAUUUCUGUGUAACUCCUUUUUCCCUAACCUACUCUCUCUAAAAUUUGGAUCAAACCUCUCCUCUCUUGAUAUCUGAUUCUCUUUCUGAACAACCAAAGAUUUUAUUUCUUUUGUGAAUGAAGAUGUCUGACUUCAAUCAAGCAAAGGAUGUUUUAUCUACCAUUAAGGAGCUACUUCUGUCUGAAUCACAAAAUGAUGGGCUACAUCAAGACUCCACGACAGCAAUGGACACAGCUCCUAUUCCUUUACCACAACAAGACUCUGAAACUGGAAAGUGUGCAAUCAUGAAAGAUGAAACACUUCCUAAUGCUCCUCGUUUGCAACAGGAUUUUUCUGGGGCAAAAUGUGGUCUACAUCAAGACUCCACGACAGCAAUGGACACAGCUCCUAUUCCUUUACCACAACAAGACUCUGAAACUGGAAAGUGUGCAAUCAUGAAAGAUGAAACACUUCCUAAUGCUCCUCGUUUGCAACAGGAUUUUUCUGGGGCAAAAUGUGGUCUACAUCAAGACUCCAUAACCGCAAUGGACACAACUCCUGUUCCUUUGCUGCAACAAGGCCUUACUACAACAAAGUUUGAAAUCAUCAAUGAUGCAACCCUUAGUACUCCUCAUCUGCAACAAGAUUUUUCCGAGGCAACUUGCGGUUUACAUCAAGACUCUAUAACCGCAAUGGACACAAUUCUUGUUCCUUUACCACAACAAGACUCAGCAGCAACAAACAUUGGUGAACCAACAACAAACAAGGCAAAUCCAACUCCAACUCCUAUCGUUCCUUUGGUGAACCAAGACUCCCCUGCUGGAACAACAAACAUUAAAAUAGAGAUGGAAGCAACUCCUAAUCCUUCACUCCAACUAGACUCUAAACCAGCAGACAUUGUGCUUAAUGCACCUCCCAUUUCAAUCAAGUGGCCAGGGCAGGAUGAGAUUAUUACCCUAAACAAGGGGAAAAGGGGGAGAAAGGGGAGAAGGGAGAUGGUUUUAGCACAGGAGCUGAUAAAAAACAGUAUUGCUGGUCCGAAUGAUGGAAAUGCAGACGGAGCAGACGAACCUUGGUGGACAAAAAACUGGGUCAGGGACACUCGACCACGAGCCUCAUCCAAAGUGACCGACGCGUACUACUACCAUAAGACAAUAGAUGUAACCUGCCGGUCUCUUGUUGAGGCUGAGCGCUUUGAAUUUGAUGGAAUAAGCCCCUAUGUUGCAAGAAAACAGAGAAAACUUGAAGCAGAAGCAGAAGCCGCUAACUCUACCCUGCUACCCACAAAUCAGAAUGAGAAAGAAGCCUGCUCAAAAAAUGAAAAGACAGCUAAAAAAGGCCAAGCUGCAGAGGGAAGCUUGAAGGUAGAGGGAGAUAUGAAAAGGAAAAGGAAGGAGGUGGAGGGAAGCCCGGAAGAAGGAGGAAAGAUAGCAAGCCAGACUCCAAUUUCAGAGUCUGUCAAACUUGAUGGAAGUGGUUUGGCUGAUGUUCCGUUCUUUCACUGUGUCAGCGGCAGUACCAAUCAAGGGUCAAGUACUUUUGUAGCGGGUCAGCUUACACAAAGUAAGGAGGUGGAGGGAAACCCAGAAGAAGGAGGAAAGACAGCAAGCCUGGCUGCAAUUUCAGAAACUGUCAAACUUGAUGUUCCUGUUUUUCACUGUACUAGCAGUGGAAGCACCAAUCAAGGCUCAACUACUUCUGUAGCGGAUCAACUUACAGAAAGCCAAGGUGCAGAGGGAAGCUUGAAGGAAGUAGGAGAUGUCCAAAAGAAAAGGAAAAAGGUGGAGAGAAGCCCAGGAAAAGGAGGAAAGACAGCAAGUCAGGCUCCAAUUUCAGAAACCGUCAAACUUGAUGUUCCAGUCCUUCACUGUACCAGGGGCAAACAAGGAUCAAGUACUUCUGUCACAGGUCAGCGUAAGAAGGGAAGGAAAAUGAAGAAACAGAAUGAUGGGUCACGUGCGACCAAAACAGCUUUUGCUAAUGAAGAAGCGAGGUUUAAUGCGGCCAUGUCUGCGUUAGCAAGAAUGGAGGCAAAGUUUGAAGAGAUGAUUGAGCUUCAAAUUGAAAAUCGGAAGUUACUUCAAGCUUCGAUGGCAUUCAAAGGUAAUUACAGAAGCAAGAAGAAAUGAAACAAAUUUCUCCACCAGUACCAUGAAUAAUUAGCUUUGGUAGUUGGAAGCAGAUUGAGUUACAAACAUGACAGACAACUACCAUUGUUGUGCCUUCUUUGUUUAUUUUAAGACAAAAGCUUGAUCAACUUUCUUUGGGUAUUAUAACUUUUAAUUUGCUUAUAAUUAUGGAACCAUUAUAAUGUUUGAACAAUAUCAUGUUUUGUGAUGCAAAGGUUGUUGAUGACUUGUUAUUUCUCAUAUAUUCGUUUUAUGAUGCUUUACAUUUUAUUUCUUAUUCCUAAUUUGUAUAUAUGGUUAUAAUAUGAGAGCCAGGGUAUAAGCUAUGUAGGUUUACAUAGCAAUGAAAAAAUCUUGGGUGG